AUGGCAAGGAGUAGCAAGUCAGUAACGAGGACCCUGGAGGAUUUGACGCUAGACUCGGGUUAUGGUGGAGCCGCCGACUCCUUCAGAUCUUCCAGUGCGUCGCUGUGCUGCUCAGAGGCGCAUGGGGGGACUCACUGGCAUUUAACCGAAUCGAUGCACAGUCGACACAACAGUCUGGACACUGUUAACACGGUCCUGGUCGAAGACGCCGAGAUCCUGGAGAGCACCGGGCAGUGCGCUAAACUACCCGAGCUUGAGGAUGUGCCGUGGAGCCUCGGGGAAGUGGCGAGCGCGCUGAGCAGGGACGAGGAGAUGACCCUGCCGCCUCCCACGCAGGACGUCCUGCUCAGGCUCUCGGUGCUGGUCAGCCGGGUCCUGGUGAGGGUCGCGAAGGAGUCGCAGCGCCUGAGUUUGCGCUACGCCAAAUGCACCAAAUAUGAGAUCCAAAGUGCCAUAAAGAUGGUCCUGUCGUGGAGCGUCUCGAUGAGCUGCAUCGGCGCGGCCCUGGGCGCCUUGUCCCUGUACAACAUGAGCACGGAGGAGGACAAGUUCGGCCGCGGUAAGUCGGUGCGCUGCGGUCUCAUCUUCAACGUGGGGAAGUUCUUCAGGUGGAUGGUCGACAGCAGGGUGGCGGUCAGGAUCCACGAGCACGCGGCGAUCUACCUGGCCGCGUGCAUGGAGAGCCUCUUCCGCGAGGUGUACGCGCGUGUGCUGCGCAGCGCGCUGCUGGAGCGGGAUAACGGAAUCCCCAAGUUUACUGUGGAGACCCUGGACCAGGCCGUCAGCACUGACGCAGAGAUAUGGGGUUCUCUUCAGCCCUGGCAACACCUGAUCUGUGGGAAGAAUGCAAGCGGUGUGCUCAGCCUACCUGAGGGUCUGACUCUCUACAGGGACCAGCAGCAGCAGCGAGCGGGGAAAAGCGGAGACGGAAACGCCUACAGUCAGUCUGAGCUGCGAUCCAUUGAACAGUGUUUACUGGCCACAAGAGUAGGAAGCAUCUCUGAACUCAGUGACCUGGUGUCCAGGGCCAUGCACCAUCUACAGCCGCUGUAUAUGAAGAACCACAACAAUGGGACGCCGAUCCACCAGAAGAGCAGUGUGAUCCACUGGGCGCCCGAAGCGAUCUACACGCUGUGUUACUUCAUGCACUGCCCUCAGAUGGAGUGGGAGAACCCCAAUGUUGAGCCCUCCAAGGUUACCUUACAAACAGAGAGGCCGUUCAUGGUGCUGCCGCCUCUGAUGGAGUGGGUGCGUGUAGCUGCGGUUCACACUGAACACAGACGCAGCUUCUCUGUGGACAGCGAUGAUGUUCGGCAGGCUGCCCGGCAACUGCUUCCCGGAGUGGACUGCGAGCCCCGUCAGCUCAGAACGGAUGACUGCUUUUGUGCCUCGAGGAAACUAGAUGCUGCCUCUACUGAAGCAAAGUUUCUGCAGGACUUGGGCUUCCGUAUGCUCAGCUGUGGUCGCACAGACCUGGUGAAGCAGGCUGUCAACCUGCUGGGGCCUGACGGUAUCAACAGCAUGAGUGAGCAGGGGAUGACCCCGCUGAUGUACGCUUGUGUCCGUGGGGACGAGGCCAUGGUACAGAUGCUGCUGGAUGCAGGAGCUGAUAUUAACAGCGAGGUGCCAAACUCAGUGCACAAGCACCCCUCAGUCUUUCCCGAAACGCGGCAGGCGACGCCCCUCACUUUUGCUGUGUUACACGGACAUGUGCCUGUGGUGCAGCUGCUGCUGGAUGCCAAAGCCAACGUGGAGGGGUCCCUGCAGGACGGGAUGGAGAACUACACAGAGACCCCACUGCAGCUGGCUGCUGCUGCAGGUAACUUUGAGCUAGUGAGUUUGCUGCUGGAGCGGGGGGCGGACCCCAUGGUGGGAACCAUGUACCGCAAUGGCAUCUCCACGGCGCCACAGGGAGACAUGAACUCCUACAGUCUGGCAGCAGCUCAUGGACACAGAAAUGUGUUUCGUAAGCUGCUGUCCCACACAGAGAAAGGGAAAGGGGAUGUCUUAUCCCUGGAAGAGAUUCUGGCAGAGGGUUCGGAGCUGGAAGGUAGAAGUCCGUCUCAGAUGGACCAGAUCAGAACUGGGAAAGCCAAACUUAAAGCCCUGAAAGAAGCCAUGUACCACAGUUCAGAACAUGGACAUGUGGACAUCACCAUAGAUAUACGGAGCCUGGGGGUUCCAUGGACUUUGCACACUUGGAUGGAGUCUCUGCGGACAUGUUUCCAUCAGCACCGCCGACCUCUGAUCCAGGGUCUCCUCAAAGAGUUCAGCAGCAUCGAGGAAGAGGAGUACACCGAAGAGCUCAUCACACAUGGUCUGCCUCUCAUGUUCCAGAUCCUCAGAGCCAGCAAGAAUGAGGUAAUCAGCCAGCAGCUGUCUGCAAUCUUCACCCAGUGUUAUGGCCCUUACCCAAUCCCAAAACUGGCGGAGAUCAAGAGGAAACAGUCGUCACGACUGGAUCCUCACUUCCUGAACAAUAAAGACAUGUCGGACGUGACCUUUUUGGUGGAAGGGAAGCCUUAUUACGCCCACAAAGUCCUGCUCUUCACAGCUUCCAGCAGGUUUAAAUCUCUUCUAGCAAACAGGCCUUGCGGUGAAAACACAUGCAUUGAAAUCAGCAAUGUCAAAUAUCACAUUUUUCAGUUGGUGAUGCAGUAUCUCUACUUUGGAGGGACAGAAGCUCUGCACAUCAGGAACACUGACAUUAUGGAGCUUCUAUCUGCAGCCAAGUUCUUCCAGCUGGAGGCGCUGCAGAGGCACUGUGAGAUUAUCUGCACCAAGAACAUUAACACUGAAACUUGUGUGGAGAUCUACAAUCACACCAAGUUUCUUGGUGCUCCAGACUUGGCUUCCUAUAUUGAGGGCUACUUCCUAAAGAACAUGUUGAUCCUGAUCGAGUUGGAGCCAUUCAAACAGCUGCUGUAUGACACGCCUCCAGAUAGCCCCGGCUCUGACAUCCUGCAGGACCUGGAAAAAACCUUGGCCAUCCGCAUCCAGUCCAUCCACCUGUCCUCCUCCAAGGGAUCCAUUGUCUGAUCACCUGACCUUUCUGAACACAGGGACAGAUGAUAUUUACCAGAGACUAUCAGAGAAGUCUCUGUAUUGGCACUGUAUUGGGAUGAAUGAGAAAAAUAAUACUUGUGGUCUGUCAAGUUACGAUCUUUGCCUCUGUGAAGCUCAUCAGUUGCUAAAAUGCUUCUUGUAAUCUUAGCA